AUGCUCGACAUAAUGUCCGAGCACCAAGACUCACUUUUGACGUGCAAAACCGAACCUUUGCCCCCGGAGAGGAAGAGAAGGACGGUGGAGGACUUCAACAAGUUCUGCAGUGUUGUUUUGGCGUAUUCUGGCUACAUCCCCAGUCCCAACGAGGAAAGUCCGUGGUCCCCGACUUCUUCCGGCUCCGCUCACAGUUCGUCCACGGACGGCAGCGGCGACUCGGUGAGCGGGACGUCGGGGGACUGCAACCAAGACAUCCGCACCAUCCACACGUUUGUCCACAAGGCCCGCGCCAAUAAGGACAAAAGCGCGGCAAACGAGAGCACUUUAUUGGACAAGAUGCAGCUGAAGGACUCCUUGUACGAUAGUCAGGCGGCCGGCGCCAAGGCCGUGCGCAGGUACGACAGAAAGCCCAAGAAGCUAGCGGCGGCGAGCGAGGGCGACAAGCGCGCGCGCAUCAAGCGGAGCAAGAACUCCAAGCUGCCCAGAGCCAAGAAGCCGAGGAGCUCGGCGCCGCACGGCGACGAUCAAACGUGGCGGCCCCUUUGCGGGAGCCCCUCUGCGGCGCCGCACGCCGACCCCGGCCUCAGCCCGCGUCCGGCCGACAAAUUCGGAGCCGAAGAGGCUGGCAGGGACGUCGACGUGAGCUCCAGCGAGUGCGAGACCUGGAUCGCCGACGAAGACAUCAUGGUGGAGUCGGGUGACGACUCGUGGGAUCUGAUCACGUGCUACUGCGGCAAGCCGUUCGCCGGCCGACCCAUGAUCGAGUGCAACCAGUGCGCCAUCUGGGUGCACUUGUCCUGCGUCAAGAUCAAGAAGUCCAAUGUUCCCGACAUCUUCUACUGCCACAAGUGCAUGCACUCCAGGCGCUCGGGACACAAGAAAGACUCUUAA